GUAUAAACUAAUAGUUAGCGAGACUAUACACAUGUGUAUAAACUAGCAUCUGUGUAUCUUGUAUAAACUGAUACUAGCGAGACUGUACACAUGUGUAUACACUAACAGCUCUGCAUCUUGUAUAUACGGAAACUUGCGAGAUUUUAGGGAUUUUGAUUAUAUUGUUUAAUAAAUGCAAUUUACAAAAGACGCAAAUGCCCUUCUGUCAAUUAUCUUAAAGGGAAGUUAGGACAUUAUAAUUACAAUCUUAUCAUUGUUUAAAAAUCUCUAGAUGAUGUAAUUCAAUGGCCCAGAUUAGUUCACACAAUUCACUCUCAACCUAGUGUUUACUCUAGAACCCUACCCUACAUAUAUUGUGUGUGUGUUGCACAUGUAUAGUCGUUCAAUAGUCCUAUUGAACGUUUUUCUUGUAAUCGUGACGACAUUUAGAAUGAACUACCAAAUUGUAGCCUAGGGGCUGGUAAUAAGGUGCAAUGGUGCAUACACAACAUGUCCAUUCUCAAGUAGUUUAGGGUUGUAAUCUCAUGAUGAAAAAAAAGAUAUAGAUUUGAGUGUACGAUUUGAAUUCUAAAAGUGCUAAAAAUAAAACUAGAAUAUUAUAAAAUGAUCUGAAAGCAUAACCUAGCAAAGGGAAUCGAACCAAGGACCUAUUGGUCUUAAAGCCUUAUAUCUAGUGAUCUAUUUUACAUAUAUAAUUAAGAUCUCACUUGUUAAAAUCAUUAUUAAUAUUCGGUUUAAAUAAAAGAUCAAAGGAUGAUUGAAAUAAAACAUAGAUAAUAAUCAAAUUGUUCCCGGAAACAGUAGUUACUUAUUCGGUUGUAAAUAGGUUGGUUUCACGCUCAGACUUGAAGAUUCGGUUUAGGUUUUUACAAAGGGUUCGAUUCUGUUCGGUUAUGAAUUCUUUUCAGUUUUACAUUUGGGUAUAUGAAAUCUUUGGGUCUAAAAAAUUGUAAGAAAUUUAGUCAUAGUACUUUUUUUAACGGAGCCAACAUAUACAUAAAUAAUAAUGAACAAGCCAAAACUAGCUAGUAAAACAAAAAACAAGUUUAGUUUAGUUUAGUUUGUAUUUGGGUCAUAACAAAAAAAUGUUUUCUAGGGUGAUUAAGAAAGAAAAGCAGCAGGGAAUGGAAUAUCUGAAGCUUGUGGGAUUUGUUUUACUUUCUUCACUGGCAUGGCUUGGAUGGGGUUAUCUGCAGCGUCGUCGCGUGGACAAGCUACCACCUGGUCCAACACCAUGGCCGGUGGUGGGAAACAUCUUUCAGCUAGGCUUUGUGAAAGUACCACACAAGUCAUUUGCAGAGCUGGCUCUUGUUCACGGCCCCAACGUGAUGACCCUUUGGCUAGGCUCCAUGUGCACGGUUGUGAUCUCCUCCAGCGAGGCAGCACGUGAGAUGUUCAAGAACCACGACGUGGUGCUCGCGGGCCGAAAGGUCUACGAGUGUAUGAAAGGAGACUUUGGAGACGAACUUGGGUCCAUGAUUACCGCCCAAUACGGGGCAAAGUGGCGACUGUUGAGAAGACUCAGCACUACAGAGUUCUUCUUAAACAGCCGCCUGGAUGCCACUUCCAGCAUCCGUACAAGGUGCAUCGACCAAUUGGUGCAGUCUAUAGAGGAGGCCAGUGGAACAAGCAUCGACGUGGGUAGGGCUUUUUUCCUGAUGGCGUUUAAUCUGAUAGGGAACUUGAUGUUUUCCAAGGAUCUUUUGGAUCCCAACUCGAAGAUAGGCGCAGAAUUCUUUUACCAUGCCGGAAAGGUCAUGGAAUACGCUGGAAAGCCAAAUGUAUCUGACUUCAUGCCCCUUUUAAAGUGGCUUGAUCCGCAAGGCAUCCGUAAAAACAUGCAAAAUCAUAUACGUCAAGCUUUUCAUAUAGCCGGAGGCUUCAUUACAGAGCGAAUGGAAACUUCUUCGCUCCAUAAGAGAACCAAAGAUUACUUAGAUGUGCUCUUGGAGUAUCGUGGUGAUGGUGUCCACGAGCCCUCUGUCUUCUCUUCGACAACUAUCAACAUUAUCGUCUUCGAAAUGUUCACCGCGGGGACUGACACGACCACAAGUACACUAGAAUGGGCUAUGGCAGAACUUCUCCACAACCCUCAUACUUACAAGAAAUUACAAAGCGAAGUGCGAAAUGUUGUUUCCUGUGAUGAAAAGCUCGAAGAGAAACACAUCGAAAAUCUUCCCUACCUAAAAGCAGUGAUCAAGGAAACUCUUAGGCUUCACCCGCCGCUCCCUUUCUUAGUUCCUCACAAGGCAAUGGAAUCAUGCAUGAUUCUAGGGUACAAUAUCCCCAAGGAAACACAAGUGCUUGUGAAUGUAUGGGCAAUUGGGCGCGACCCUAGAACAUGGGAAGAUGCAUCCGAGUUCAGACCAGAUCGGUUCUUGGAAAAUGACAAGAUUCAUGUUGAUUACAAGGGGCAAAAUUUUGACUUCAUACCAUUUGGUUCUGGUCGAAGAAUGUGUCCGGCUAUACCCCUCGCGUCACGGGUGCUUCCACUUGCUUUAGGUACACUUUUGCACAAGUUUGAUUGGGUUUUAGGUGAUGGACUUAAAGCGACGGAAAUGGAUAUGAGUGAAAGAAUGGGGAUAACUCUUAGGAAAGCUGUUCCGUUAAAGGCUAUACCUAUAACUAAACCAUUAUAAAUGGACAUAUGAUAGAUAUGCAUCGAACUAAAUAAAUAAAUAAAAAUGUACCUCAAAUGAAAAAAGCUUUAUCAUGCAUGUAUAGAGUAGAGAAGGAAAAUAGAAAACCAAGGGUCAGUAUUGUAAAAUAAAAUAUUAUUUAUUUGAAUUUUAACGAAUGCUUUCCGAAUUGAAUUAAAUCCAGAUUUGUUUGAA